CUGCCUCUCCRACUGCCUGUCUCACCGGACUUGUCAAUCAUUCAACUUCCAAGAGACAGGAGAUCCUAACCACAUUUGCGAGUUAAGUGAAAGCGCCGUCUUUUCCAGUCCAACAUGCCAAGAAUCAAGGCCUGGCUACAGUUAUUUCUUUCCCUUCCAGAAUAUCAAUAUGGAGUCAAAACAACCAGAGAGCAACUGUGGUGUCAACGGUACAAGUUGUAAAAAUGGUGGACAAUGUAUUGAAGGUUGUUGGGGACACGGAUGUAGAUGUCAAGAGUUUAACAAGGGGCAAUACUGCGAGCAAUGGACUACAGAAAUCUCUUCAUGCAAAGACAUUUUUAGUAAAACAAGUUAUCGUAAAAACAUGGCCUACACCUUCAUGAUUGAUAACAAGCUAACAGAUAUUUACUGCCACUUGACUAACGACAUCUGCCAAGGUGGGGGRUGGACGCUGGCCUUAAAAAUGAAGGGCUCCACAACGGCCCAGUUUGGCUACACCUCAGCACUGUGGUCCAACAAAGAAGCCCUGAAUUUGACAGCUGGUCAAACCGGUUUUGAUAGCUACCAAAGCAAGAUGCCAAGUUACUGGGCGAUGCCUUUCCAGAAACUAUGCGUUGGUCUCAAACACAACGAAGUUCUUAACUGGGCUGUUAUCCCAUAUAGUGCUUCGUCUCUCUAUGACGUCAUYGCUGAUGGGAAUUACAGAUCAUUUGGMAACGCAGGUAUUGGCAAGGCUAAAUGGCAUUCUCUCCUUAAGGGAAAUAAUSUACAACCAAAUUGUAAUCGGGAAGGAUUUAACCUUSMUAUCCAUCAAGCUUGGGCGAGAAUAGGGCUGAUGGGAAAUAACGAAAUCAACUGCCACWCGCCUGACAGUGUCAUUGGUUUCGGAUUAAAGGGUGGACUUUCUUGUGGAGCCCGCCAAUGGCACAAUUUAUAUUUGGCAGCGCAAUUUGGAUAUGUCAUGAUCCAAUGAACAAACUGAAUUACGUUUAGGGACCGAUUUUAGAUGAACCUCUAUUUGGUAGUCAUCUGGGGAAAGACUACGUGGACGCUUAAUAGAGGUCGGAAGCACAAUAAUCCAGUUUCGA